GUCCUCCUGAAAUUAAUCCGCAGCUCAAGAACCAGUCGUUUACAUAUAACUCACCUCUUCAGUUCAAAUGCUCUGUAGGUGGUUUCCCUGCACCUGAGGUAUUCUGGACUAAGGAUGGGUUAAAUAUUGGCAACAGCAACACUCUCUCAAUUAAUCGAGUGAAAUAUGAAGAUGCUGGUCAAUACGCAUGCAGCGCUAUAAACAGCAAAGGGAAAAAUAGAGCAGCUUUCGAGAUUACAGUUACAGGUCCUCCUGAAAUUAAUCCUCAGCUGAAGAACCAGUCGUUUUUAUAUAAUACAUCUCUUGUGCUCAAAUGCACUGUAAGUGGUUUCCCUAUACCUGAGGUACUCUGGACUAAGGAUGGGUUGAAUAUUGGUAACAGCGACACUCUCUCGAUUAAUCGAGUGAGAUAUGAAGAUGCUGGUCAAUACGCAUGCAGCGCUGUAAACAGCGAAGGGAAAAUUAAAGCAGCUUUCGAGAUUACAGUUACAGGUCCUCCUGAAAUUAAUCCUCUGCUCAAGAACCAGUCGUUUGCAUAUAAUUCACCCCUUCGGCUCAAAUGCUCUGUUAGUGGUUUCCCUGCACCUGAGGUACUCUGGACUAAGGAUGGGCUAAUUAUUGGUAACAGAAACACUCUCUCAAUCAAUCGAGUGAAAUAUGAAGAUACUGGGCAGUACGCAUGCAGCGCUGUAAACAGUGAAGGGAAAAAUAAAGCAGCUUUUGAGAUUACAGUUACAGGUCCUCCUGAAAUUAAUCCUCAGCUUAAGAGCCAAUCGCAUUUAUAUAAUUCAUCUCUUCUGCUGAAAUGCACUGUAAGUGGUUUCCCUGCACCUGAGGUACUCUGGACUAAGGAUGGGUUGAAUAUUGGUGACAGUAACACUCUCUCCAUUAAUCGAGUGAAAUAUGAAGAUACUGGUCAAUACGCAUGUAGCGCCAAAAACAGCGAAGGGAAAAAUAAAGCAGCUUUUGAGAUUAUAGUUACAGGUCCUCCUGAAAUUAAUCCUCAGCUCAAGAACCAGUCAUUUCUAUAUAAUUCACUCCUUCGGUUCAAAUGUUCUCUAAGAG